AUGUCUAUUAAUUGGGGUAUCCGAGAUUUUCCAAUGCUGGAUAUGGUACGAACCCAGGCUUGUCGCACCGACAGAAGAAUGCCUGUAGACUUCACAUCUUAUCUGCUGGCUGCCAGUCCCCCCACCCCAUCAACAGGAUUUGAACUUCUCAGUUACGCUUUUAACAAAUCCUCUCCCUUCACAAAUGAUCGGCUGUUUGAUUUGAAUCACAACACCAACAGUAACAAUAACGCUAACCUGAACGCUAGGAGAAAUGGACCUCUUAAGUCAAUUAUUAUCAAAUCAGACAAUGAUAGCAGUGAAAACAGUGAGACGUCAGAGGAGUCCGAAACGUCCUCGACCCCUAUCUCUCCCGUAUCACCUGGGCGUGUUCGUAAACAAGUAUCGUUCGCAGAUCAUAAAGGCAUGGCGUUGGCGCAAGUGCGAUUUCUUACAGAACCGUCAGAUAUGCCACCAAGGUUAAACCCGCAGUUGUUGGUGUCGUUAACGCAUGGUGCGACCGCAGGUGUUACGGACGAUCCGCCCUUGAAGUUAUGUUUCACGCAGCCAGCCUCAGACUAUUUGGAGUUCCGUGAAAGAUUGGAAAAGGAAUGUGUCUCGCUUGAAAAUGUCAUUCUGAAAAACUAUUCAGUCGCCUUGUCAGAUACAGUUUAG